AACACCAAGCCUGACUUAUUGUGAACAAAAAAGAAAACUAAACUGCGCCAUAUUAUAGCUUGGCUUCCUUCAUCGCAGCCCUCCAAAAUCUCCCGCCGUUCCAACUGAAAAAAUUUAUUAACUACUAGGGCUCUACUGUCUUCAAGAAAACCAUCGUCAGGGCUGUUUACAACAGCAACAAUUCUAAUUUUUGGCGUUCAAGAAGGGUUAUUUUAAACUCUAAAUUCGCAAGGAUUUCAGGAAAAUUAGACUGAAUUUUGGGCAUCACAGAGGCAUCGCACCAGUUAUAGCUGAUUACGAAAUAGGCCGCAUGCAACUGAGUCGGAGUUAAAUUCAGAAGUGACCGUCGAAGAAAAAGAAGAAGAAAUCAAGAGUGAAGAUGAGUGUCAUUAUUCGACUACAAAACUUACCUUGGUCGGCCAACGCAGCAGAUAUUCGACAAUUCUUCCAUGGUCUAUCCAUACCUGAAGGCGGAGUACAUAUAGUUGGGGGGCAAUUAGGCGACGCGUUUAUCGCAUUCAGUACUGACGAGGAUGCGCGACAAGGAAUGGCAUCGGACGGUGGUAUGUUGAAGGACUCGCGAGUCAAGCUGUACUUGAGUUCUCGAACGGAAAUGCAAAAGAUCAUUGAAGAGACACGACAGCAGCACUUGGCUAUGCAAGGCGCUGCUAGCGGAGGAAGUAACAUGGCUCCUACGUCAGCAGUUCAGCGCCCUUUUACAGGAGGCCCCUUUGCUCCUAGUGCCGCUCCUGCCGCUCAUAGCAAUCCCCCUAUCAGCGGACCACCUGGACUACGAGCAACAUCCAGCACCAGUGGCAGCAAUUUCCAUAUGCACAUGGAUCCUAGUCAGGGUCAUCCAGGGGGCUAUGAUCAUCAAAUGUAUCAACAGCCACAACUACAAAGUCAUCAACCAUAUAACCCAAGUCAAAACAUGUUGGCAGGUGGUGGGCAAAAUCCUGUUCAUGCCGGUGGUUUCCCGCCACACAUGAACCCUUCACAGACUUACGCUCACCACUUGCCGCAAGGAGGACCUCAUAUUCCACAGCAUUUCGGUCCGCGUAUGAGAGAAGUUAUUGAGGAGCCUCCUUUAUUACCGUACGGCGGUGGCCAGCAAAUGUUGCAUGGACCCGGUGGGGACAUGCAAGAUGUGUAUGCUCACGGAGGGCCGCAACGUUUUGACCAGAAUCGUCGCAAUUCUCGUGACACUCCCCCAGACGUCCAGGAUAGGAAUCGCGAUAUGGGUCGUGCUGGUUACAGAAGUAAAGAGCGCAGUCGAAGAGACAGACAAGAUCGCGACAAAGAAAGAGGUUCAGACAUGGGUAGACGUGGAAGGAGGAGUCGCAGUCGUGGCCGAGAUCGCCGUCGUCGAAGUCGCUCUGAUAGUCGCGAGAGGGCUAGAAACUCACGGGAUCGUGACCGUGAUCGGAAACUCAGCAAGUCAGGACUUCUUCCUACUCCGGCCGAGGAACUGGAAGCCAAUCAACAAAAUGAAAAUGUGCCUGAUACUUCUGUUCAGUUACGUUUGCUGACUGGAGACUUGACUUACCGAGACAUUAGAGAUUAUCUUAGUGGAAUUAAUGUUCCAAACACAUGCAUCAAAAUGAUCAACGCAUUGGAUGGCUAUCGAUUCGGUCUGGCGUAUAUUCGAUUCACUUCCAAUGAAGACAAAUUAAAAGCGCUUAGCCGCCACAAUGGUACGAUUCGUGGCUAUCCUGUUCAAAUAUUCAAUGUUAAGGAUUCGACAUUUAACCAGGCGAUUGAUUCUUUCUCACCUGGAAUUAGUCUUGAUGCCAAGAGUUUAUCGAAUUCUUGUCUUUCAUUGAGAGACUUCCCACCGGUUGCGACAGCACAAAAUGUCAAAGAAGCUUUUGGUACGAUCUCGAUUGGUCAGGUGCUGCCAGAGCGAAACGAGAGCGGAACCGUUACCGGACUUUGCUUUGUUGAACUCCGGAGUGAAGCCGAUGCCCGCAAAGCCAUCCAACUCCUGAAAGACGGUGUCAUGAUCUGCGGCCGUCAAGUCAAGGUGGCCUUUCUUCCCUUGGAGGAAUUACAUGUCUGCUCCAAAAAUCUGGAACGCUUCCGUGGCGUUGUCGGCGCUGUGAUGACCACCCCUCCAACUCAAACUGACAGUCCACUUUCACCUGGUCAAUCUGCUCCUCAUCGUCCUCCUGCAAGCAACAGACCAGGUCCCCCUUUCGUUGAUCGUUCCCAAAGCGGCGGCAAUGGUUCUUACGAUGCGCCACCGAAUCAGCGAGGUCGUCUUUUUGUCGGUCCACAACGUGUCUUCAUUACGGGUUUGCCUCCAUCUGCCCUGGAACGCGAUAUUGGCGAUUUCUUCUCAGACGUUGGCGUCAUUCCGCAGAUCAUUGAAAUCGUCUACGAUGAAGAACGUAUGCCCGUCGGAAACGCUUAUUGCCAAUUUGCCAGUAUGCAGGAGGCAGAGAGAGCCUUGGAUAAGAAUGGCGGUUUCAUGGGAGGCCAUACUGUCAGCGUAACUUUAGUCGAGAAUCCAGAUGCCGCUCCAGUUGUUAGCAGACAUCCUGCCGCCGAAGAGAAUAAGAUGAGACGUUUCAGUCCAUAUCUUGAUACAAAUAUGAACCAGUCAGAUCACGGACCAAGAGGAUAUGGACAUCCGGGACCUAGUGAUCCGUACAACAGGCCGUCGAUGGGCGCUGACGGAGGAAAUGGAUACAAUCCGCAAAUGGGCCCACGUUUCGGUGGCCCUCGAUUCGGUGGCGGUCCUCGUUACCCGCCUGGUGGAAGCAACCGAGGAAAUUUUUCUGGCAGCGGUGGGCCUGGGCCUCGCACUCGUCCUAAUAUUAAUAUGCGAAUAAGAAUGCCCGGAGGUCCAAUUCAGAAUGGAGGUGGUGGUCGAGGUGGAAGUGACGAUGGAUCCCCAACUCCUGGUUUCGGAGCUCCUGGCUGCGUCAUCGCGCUCUCCAAUGUACCUCACAAAGCCAUUAUUGCUGACAUAUUGGAUUUCUUCCGUGGCUUUCAAGUCAAUGAAAAAUGUGUUAUUCGGCGAUUUGGACCCAACGGUGAACCUACUGGCGAUGCUCGUGUCGCUUUUCUUACACCCGACGAAGCUGAGUUAGCUGUACGUACACUUCAAAAUGAGUACUUGAUGAACCGUAGGGUCAAUCUGUCUAUUAUCUGAACAAUUCUUUCUCAGUUUUCUUUUCAGUUACAAUUAUGUCAAGGAAAAUUUUCAACUGUUCAUAACUUUGUUCACAUUACAUGAUAAUACAUUGACAAUUCAGAUUCCA